GGCAGCCCCGGCAGCGCCGCCGCCUCCUCCGCCUCCUGAGAGCCCCGCGCGGCGGGCGGCUCGGCUCCGCUCGGCCCCGCCCCGCGCUAUGUGUGCCGGCGCUCCCGUGCCUCCUCGCGGCCGCUUCGCACCCGGCGGGGCGCGCCCGGCCCCGCUCUGAGAGCGCGGCGGGGCAGGGAGCGGAGCGCAGCGCCGGAGCGAAGGGGAAGCGCCAUGCGGGGCGCGGGGCUGGCGCUGGCGCUGCUGCUGGCCGCGGCGUGGCCGGCGCGCGGGCAGAACGAGACGGAGCCCAUCGUGCUGGAGGGCAAGUGCCUGGUGGUGUGCGAUUCCAACCCCACCUCCGACCCCACCGGCACGGCGCUCGGCAUCUCCGUGCGCUCCGGCAGCGCCAAGGUCGCCUUCUCCGCCAUCCGCAGCACCAACCACGAGCCCUCCGAGAUGAGUAACCGCACCAUGAUCAUCUACUUCGACCAGGUACUAGUGAACAUCGGCAGCAACUUCGACUCGGAGCGCAGCACUUUCAUCUCCCCCAGGAAAGGGAUUUACAGUUUCAAUUUUCACGUGGUGAAAGUCUACAACAGGCAAACCAUCCAGGUGAGUUUGAUGCUAAAUGGGUGGCCAGUGAUUUCUGCCUUUGCAGGGGACCAAGAUGUGACCCGAGAAGCUGCUAGCAAUGGAGUCCUGAUUCAGAUGGAGAAAGGAGACAGAGCUUAUCUAAAACUGGAGAGAGGAAACUUGAUGGGAGGCUGGAAGUAUUCGACAUUUUCUGGAUUUCUAGUGUUCCCGCUUUAAAUCACUUCUCAUUCAAGAAAAGAGAGACACGAGUCAGAAUCUCUUAAGAAUUACCAAGUCAUAGCUGGGUUUAAAGAGUCGUGGACAGCAGACUUUUUACAUUCAAAUAUUAAAGAAGCUAAAUCCUGCUUAGGUUUGUGUACAUCCGCUUUGAAGAAUUACUACUUAUUUUCAUUGUGUUGCAGCCAACAGGCAGGAGACACUAUAAUUGAUCAAACCCCCAUUUAUAUUCUUCUCUCUCCUCCCACAAAAUUAGUUCCCAUUUCUGUGUCACUGGUGUAAUCCGCCAUCGUUCCCCCAUGGUUUCUGCCUCACACGAGUAGACCUUAGAUAUUUUCAUUGUCUUUUGCAGCAUAUUUUGUAGUUUUGUUUUUAAAACAUGUUAAUCUUGACUCUUUCUCUGAGUUUAACUUUUAAAAAAAAAAAAGAAGAAAAAAGCGAAGUAUUUUUGAAUACAUGGAUGCCAUGACGGAAGGGAAAAUGCAAUUCUUGCUGUUUACUGGCUGGAAAAAGGAAAAAUUUCUACAUGAAGAACUGUUCACAGCCAAGGCUGACUAGAGUAUUUCAAUAUUUCUAUGUAAUUCUGAGUGAUUGUGAAAUUUAAGGCUGCUAAAUGUUUUGACGCUUGUUUUGCUCUUGUACAAUGUGGCCCAACUAAACGCCAGGAAGUAUAUUGAACUUUUACUAUUACUCUGUAAUAUACGUGUGAAUAUCGAAAAUUUAAUUUUUGCUUUAAUUCAAUAAAGUUUAAAUGGGACUUUUAUUUUUCUUAACCAGAAAUAAGGUUUCUCAACGCAGGUAGGCGGAGGGGGGCAGGCUCGGUGUGGUCCUGGGAGCCUCCACCUGCCCCGAGCAGCCCCAUCGCUAGGAAGUUUCCCGCCGACUCUUAUAUCCACUUAUUUAUAGCAUUUAUCUGUAUUAUAUUCUAUAAACCAGAUCGCAUUUUAUACAGCCGUCUAAAAUACCUGACAAUGUAUACUUUGAUGCUAGUAUUAUUUAUUUGCUAGUAUUAUUUUGUUUACAGUCUUUUAAAGAUGUAAAUGCUAUAAUUUUGCAGUCCUCAAAGAGAUUACUACUUUUAUUAAAAGGUGCGUACGAGGAUUUCGAUUGUACCUAAACUUUAAUGUGAAAUAAAGCGGUGAAACCAC